AUGUUGGGCUCGGUUCUAAUGAAGCUCUCAGAAUCUGCAAAUGGCAUGGCUGAAAGGGUGAACAGGGUUCUGAAAGAUUCUUUGGCCACACUGGUAGGUCAGCAUCCUCAGGAUUGGGACCGGAUGGCUUCCUUAUGUCCGCCUCGCACUCAACACUUCGGUACACAGGAGCGACGAGACGGAUAUUUCCCUGCUAAUCUCACUAAUUACCAAGAAGCAGACGAGGAUGCCGCAAGGAUGUUAAGAAAUGGUCUUCGCGAAGCUCGUGAUGCUGCCGUCCAGAGCGCGAGGAACGCCAGAGAGAAAUGGGCUCGCGACUAUGACAAAAAAGUAAGGACCAGGUUUCGUCCACAGGUGGGAGACCUCGUACUGGUGAAGCUCAUACGCCCGAUACGACCGCGCCGUGUAGCAGCCUUGGCGCCGAGGUGGAGUGGGCCUGUGAGGGUCGUCAAGCAAAUCGGACCCGUAAACUACGUCGUCGAGAAUCCUUUUACCCCACACCAGGAAUUAAAGUGCCAUAUCAAUCAGCUGAGGAAGUACGUGCCCCGAGGAGACUCCCGCUUUGCCGAACCGCCGCCGAGACCCGAGGAGGAAGUUGACGAUCCCGAUCAGCCGGCCGAUGAUCGAGACUACCACCUUCGCUUCGAGGACGAGGAGGAAGAUUUGGCAGACCCAGGAAUCCCGGGACCGAGUCGAAGAAACGAUGGACCAGACGAGGAGGCAUAG